UUUCUUAAGUGACCGCCCUCCAGGACACCCUCAUAGGCUGAUGGUUCUGCUCCCUUUCCUUGCUGUGUUACUUUUGACCACAAGUUUCGCAUUUUCUUCUCCUACACAAGAACAUUUAGACGCCCCUCAAAAACCCCAGUCCAAGUACUUCGAUGUACAAGCGCAUCGCGGGGGAAGGGGAAAUACAAUGGAGAGCACACUUCCUAGCUUCGCAUGGGGACUCAUAGAUGGAGCAACCACGUUGGAACUAGAUAAUGGUAUCACUCAAGAUGGGGUGGUUGUCGUCUGGCAUGACGAGAGUAUAUUACCAGAGAAGUGUUCUGAUACAGAACCUAUCUCUCCAGACGACCCCAUGUUUCCAUAUGUGGGGAAGUAUAUUGCCAAUCUGACUUUGGCCCAGUUGAAGACGCUUGAUUGUGGCUCAAAGCGACAAAUUAACUACCCCAUGCAGCUUACAUACCCUGGUGCCCAGAUAUCGACGCUACAAGAGGUGUUCGACUUUGUGGAAUGCGCCGACCCAUCGCAUCAAAUGCUAUGGAAUAUAGAAUCCAAGAUCGACGCUCGCUAUCCCAAUCGCACGUUGGGGGUUCGAGAAUUCGUACAAAAGCAGCAUGAUAUAUUUAUAUCUAGCCCGUAUCUAAAGUCAAUCACAUAUCAGAGCUUUGACUGGAGAGCAAUUGUGGCAAUGAAGUCACUUAAUCCAGAAAUCACGACAUCUGCCCUGAUUGACGAUGAGACUAGCGCAGCCUCACCUGGGUCUGCAUCUCCGUGGCUUGCGGGCCUUCGGCUGGACGACUUUCCAGGAUCUUCGCCUGAUAUUCGAAUUGCGCAAGCAGCUCGUGCAAUCGAUGCAGACAUUUUAUCACCGUCCACAUCAUUCUAUAUCACGCCCCCUGACCCAGCAGCAAAAGGGUCUACUCAAUUUACAACGAAGGAGAUGGUCGAUGAAGCACACCGAUUAGGCAUGAAGGUCAAGCCGUGGACUGUAAAUCGGCUUGAUAUUGUAGACCAGAUAAUAGAAUGGGAGGUAGAUGGGAUCAUCACUGACUAUCCCAAUGUCGUACGAAGAUGGGCUAAGCAACAGGGUUUGCGGGUAGCGCCCAAAUUUCCAAAGCAGCGAAUUUUUGCAUGUCUAGAAAAGCAUAUGUAGUGAUCAUCUCAAUUGUAAAACACCAUGGAUUUAUUUGAUAAUUAAUUAGAAG